AUGGCAGGAAGACAGCAGUAUGAGGAUCUUGUCCCCAAAUCUGAAUGGAAAGAUCAGCCUGAGGCCACUAUUCUCACCAUUGAUCUUCCAGGUUUUACAAAGGAGCAAAUAAAGGUAACGUAUGUGCACACCUCAAGGAUGAUAAGAGUCACAGGAGAACGUCCUUUGGGUGAUAGGAGAUGGAGCCGUGUCAACGAAGUGUUCACUGUUCCACAGAAUUGUCUAGUGGAUAAGAUCCAUGGGAGUCUCAAGAACAAUGCCCUCACCAUUACCAUGCCUAAGGAGACUAUUACAAAGACGCCUAACAUUCCAGACACUUCUAAAACUGUGGCUGAGAAGGUGAAGCAGCUAGAGGAGAAGAGGGUGUUGGAAGAAGCUAGAAGGAAAGAAAAAGAGGCUGAGAAGAAAAAGAAGCUUCUGGAAGAGAAAGAAGGUAUACUUAGGAAGCUGCAAGAAGAAGCUAAAGCAAAGGAGUUGGCUGAGGCGAGAAAGAUUCAAGAAGAAGUUAUAGCAAAAGAGGCAGCAAGGAAGCUUCAAGAAGAGGCCAUAGCAAAAGAGAAGCUUCAGGAGAGGAAGCGUGUGGAAGAAGCUUCACUAGAGUAUGUGGAUGAAUCUGUAGGAAAAAGGAAGAUAAUAAAGCCGUUGCUUCCAGAAGUAGACUAUACAAAACCCAUCUCCGGUUCUGGGACCAAACCUGUGUCUGAAAGAGCAAGAGAGGUCGUGAAACCAGCAGAAGAGAAACUAGGUUACUUGGUUGAGAAGGAAAAGAAAAUAGAGAAAGGGAUGAUGGAGAAAAGAAGAGGAAAAGAGAUAACAAGAGAAGAUAAGAAGUUGAUGAUGAAUACAGGAGUAGCUGCUCUUGUUAUCUUUGCUCUUGGAGCUUACGUUUCUUAUACCUUUUGCUCAUCAUCUUCUUCUUCAUCACCUCCUAGCAAACCAGAAUGAUGAAGAACAAAGUUGUGUGAAAGGAGUGCUUUUAUAAUUUGUAGCUGUAAUAUAUUCCAAAAAUACAAUAAAGUUUGGUGAUAUAAUAUGCUAAAACAUAAAUUAAUUUUCUAAUCAUAUUAUCAAGAAAU